CCUUCCUCUUCUCCUCCUUUCUUUCAUCAGCUUGACGUCAGGAGCUGCCUAUGGGCAAAAUGGCUGGCUGCUAGCAAGCCUUGGUCUCAGAGGGAGAAAGAUGCCCGCUUUCGCCAUUCUUGCAGCGCAAGAAGACUCGGACUAGCAGGAAGAAGGGAAGAGGAAAAAGGAAGAGAAGAAAGAGAGGAAGAGCCAUGUCUCUGCUUUGUGUCGGAGUCAAAAAAGCCAAGUUCGAUGGCCCUCAAGAAAAAUUCAACACUUACGUGACCCUCAAAGUCCAGAAUGUGAAGAGUACGACUAUCGCAGUGCGCGGAAAUCUUCCAUGUUGGGAACAGGAUUUCAUGUUUGAGAUCAACCGGCUGGACCUGGGGCUGACAGUGGAAGUGUGGAACAAAGGCCUCAUCUGGGACACCAUGGUGGGCACAGUGUGGAUUCCCCUCAGCACAAUCCGGCAGUCCAACGAGGACGGCCCCGGCGUGUGGCUGACCCUCGACUCCCACGUCAUCAUGACGGACAAUGAAAUCUCCGGGACCAAGGACCCCACAUUCCACCGCAUCCUUCUGGACACCCGCUUUGAGCUCCCACUCGACAUUCCCGAAGAAGAAGCGCGGUAUUGGGUCAAAGAGCUGGAACGGCUCAACGCAAUGCGGGACCAAGAUGAUGAAAAACCACUUCCGGUACCCGGCUCACAGUGCUGCAACUGGAAUUAUUUUGGCUGGGGAGAUCAACAAAAUGACGAUCCAGACAGUACGGUGGACGACCGGGACAGCGACUACCGCAGCGAGACCAGCAACAGCAUCCCGCCUCCUUAUUACACCACGUCACAGCCCAACGCUUCCGUCCACCAGUACCCCAUCCGCCACCAGCAGCGCGGCUCCCGCGAUUCCUACUCCGACUCCAUGCAGGGCUAUGGCACGGACUACUCUGACCAUCGGCCAAUCAGCCCGACGGGCAGCAGCCGGUACGCGUCUUCGGCGGAGCUCAGUCAAGGCAGUUCCCAGCUCAGUGAGGACUUUGACCCUGACGACAUCAGCCUGGAUGAGCGGGACGGUGACUCCUACCACUCCUGCCACAGUUCGGUCAGCUACCAAAAAGACUCGCCAUGUUGGGACGAGGAGGAAGAGGACGACCUCUACCUGGAAGAUGACGAGGAGUUUAAGGAGGAGUAUAGUGACAACGAGGAAUAUUACCCUGAGGAUGAGCUGGCUGAACCCGAGGCGUACUCCCGGGAAGCGUUCCCGCCAGAGCCAACCUCAAAGGGAGCACAACCGCCAAUGGCCCCAUUUGCUGCUGCAUCACAGGCUCAACCAAAGACGCCUGUGUCACAAACCCAGCAACAAGCAGCACAGCAAAAGCCGUUGCAAACCACACCGCAGCAGAAGCCACAAUUGGCGGCACAGGCACCACCACAAAAGCCACAACAGGCCCAGCAGACGGUGCCGCCAAAGCCAACACCAACACAGCAAAAAACCCAACAGGCGCCUCCAGCCGCUUCGACGCAGCAGAAAGUGCUACCGCCACAGCAACAGCAACAGCAACAAGCACAACAGGCACAGUUGAAACAGCAGCAGCAGCAGCAACAGCAACAGCAACAGCAACAACAAGCACCGGCUCAGCAGAGGCUUCCACCACAACAGCAGCAACAGGAGAAGAAGGAAGAAAAGGCCCAAGAUGUUCCUGAGGUCCAGCAGGAGGAGAAAGUAAUUCCGCCAGAAGCAACCCCAACCCAAGAGAAAGCUGCUGAGGAAGAACUCCCCAAGGUGGAUGAGAGUUCCAGGGAGAGAGAGGAACCUGAGGUGGUCGACCCCAAAGCCCGGGCAAAGGCCAACUGGUUGCGGGCCUUCAACAAAGUGUGCAUGCAACUCCAAGAGGCUCGAGGUGAAGGAAGCGGGGAGUCUAAAUCCUUGUGGUUUAAAGGCGGGCCUGGUGGCGGGUUGAUCAUUAUUGAUAGCAUGCCUGACAUUCGUAAAAGAAAGCCCAUCCCUUUAGUUAGCGAUUUGUCUUUGGUCCAGUCCAGGAAGGCGGGGAUCACAUCCGCACUUGCAUCAAGCACUUUAAACAAUGAAGAGCUAAAAAAUCAUGUUUACAAGAAGACCCUCCAAGCCUUAAUUUAUCCUAUUUCUUGCACAACCCCCCACAACUUUGAAGUGUGGACUGCCACCACCCCAACCUAUUGCUACGAGUGUGAGGGCCUGCUUUGGGGCAUCGCCCGCCAAGGGAUGCGGUGUACCGAAUGUGGGGUGAAGUGCCACGAAAAGUGCCAAGACCUCCUUAACGCCGACUGCUUGCAAAGGGCGGCGGAGAAAAGUUCCAAGCACGGCGCUGAAGACCGUACACAAAAUAUUAUUAUGGUGCUGAAAGACCGUAUGAAGAUCCGGGAACGUAACAAACCAGAGAUCUUUGAGCUGAUCCAGGAGAUCUUUGCUGUGCAAAAAGCCACCCACACCCAGCAGAUGAAGUCAGUCAAACAGAGCGUGCUGGACGGGACUUCCAAGUGGUCAGCCAAGAUCAGCAUCACAGUUGUGUGUGCCCAAGGCCUGCAGGCGAAGGACAAAACGGGCUCCAGUGACCCUUAUGUGACCGUCCAGGUUGGAAAGACCAAAAAGAGAACCAAAACCAUCUAUGGGAAUUUGAAUCCAGUCUGGGAGGAGAACUUCCACUUCGAAUGCCAUAACUCCUCUGACCGAAUCAAGGUCCGGGUAUGGGAUGAAGAUGAUGACAUAAAGUCAAGGGUGAAGCAGCGUUUCAAGAGGGAAUCCGACGACUUCCUCGGCCAAACGAUAAUUGAGGUUCGGACACUGAGUGGAGAGAUGGACGUCUGGUACAACUUGGAUAAGCGGACGGACAAAUCAGCUGUAUCGGGCGCAAUCCGGUUGCACAUCAGCGUGGAGAUAAAAGGAGAGGAGAAAGUGGCACCGUACCAUGUGCAAUACACUUGCCUCCAUGAGAACCUUUUCCAUUUCGUGACGGACAUCCAGAACAACGGCGUGGUCAAGAUCCCGGACGCAAAGGGGGACGACGCUUGGAAAGUCUACUUCGACGAAACGGCUCAGGAAAUUGUGGAUGAGUUUGCUAUGAGAUAUGGGGUGGAGUCCAUCUACCAGGCAAUGACGCACUUUGCCUGCCUCUCCUCCAAAUACAUGUGCCCUGGGGUGCCCGCAGUCAUGAGCACCCUCUUGGCCAACAUCAAUGCUUACUAUGCUCAUACCACUGCCUCCACCAACGUCUCUGCCUCUGACCGUUUUGCUGCUUCCAAUUUCGGGAAAGAACGGUUUGUCAAACUGCUGGACCAGCUCCACAAUUCCCUUCGGAUCGACCUCUCGAUGUACCGGAAUAACUUCCCUGCCAGUAGUCCUGAAAGACUACAGGACCUCAAAUCGACCGUAGACCUCCUGACCAGCAUCACCUUCUUCCGGAUGAAGGUCCAGGAACUUCAGAGUCCACCACGAGCCAGCCAGGUGGUCAAGGACUGUGUGAAGGCCUGCCUCAACUCAACGUAUGAAUACAUUUUCAACAAUUGCCAUGAACUCUACAGUCGCGAAUACCAGACUGACCCGACCAAGAAAGGCGAGUUGCCACCCGAGGAACAAGGCCCCAGCAUCAAGAAUCUGGAUUUUUGGUCCAAACUCAUCACCUUGAUCGUCUCCAUCAUAGAAGAGGAUAAGAACUCAUACACCCCUUGUCUCAACCAGUUCCCUCAAGAGCUCAAUGUUGGAAAGAUCAGCGCCGAAGUGAUGUGGAACCUUUUUGCUCAGGAUAUGAAGUAUGCAAUGGAAGAGCAUGACAAACACCGCCUUUGCAAAAGUGCCGAUUAUAUGAACCUGCACUUUAAAGUAAAGUGGCUCUAUAAUGAAUAUGUCACAGACCUCCCGUCCUUCAAAAGCCGUGUUCCGGAGUACCCUGCGUGGUUCGAACCUUUUGUGAUACAGUGGCUGGAUGAGAAUGAGGAAGUUUCGCGUGAUUUCUUGCAUGGGGCAUUGGAACGGGACAAGAAGGAUGGGUUCCAACAAACCUCUGAGCACGCCCUCUUCUCCUGCUCCGUGGUCGACGUCUUCUCCCAACUCAACCAGAGCUUUGAAAUCAUCAAGAAACUGGAGUGCCCUGAUCCCCAAAUUGUGGGUCACUACAUGCGCCGGUUCGCCAAGACCAUCAGCAAUGUUCUCCUUCAAUACGCUGAGAUCAUCUCUAAGGAUUUCGCUUCCUACUGCUCCAAGGAGAAAGAGAAAGUGAGGAGAGAGACCACGCCACCACAACCGGUUGCCAGCACAGUCAAGCCCUGCAUCCUGAUGAAUAAUAUACAACAGCUCCGUGUCCAGCUGGAGAAGAUGUUUGAGGCUAUGGGCGGAAAAGAGCUGGACACAGAAGCGAGCGACAUCCUCAAGGAGCUGCAGGUGAAGCUCAACAAUGUCUUGGAUGAACUCAGCCGGAUCUUUGCAACCAGUUUCCAGCCACACAUCGAGGAGUGCGUGAAGCAAAUGGGUGACAUUUUGAGCCAAGUCAAAGGCACCGGAAACGUGCCAGCCAGUUCUUGCAGCAGCGUGGCCCAAGACGCCGACAACGUCCUCCAGCCCAUCAUGGACCUUUUGGACAGCAACCUGACCCUUUUUGCGAAAAUCUGCGAAAAGACGGUCUUGAAGCGGGUCCUGAAGGAGCUUUGGAAGCUGGUGAUGAACACCAUGGAGAAGACCAUCGUCCUGCCACCGUUGACCGACCAGACGGGGACUCUUUUACGAAAACACGGCAAGGGGACAGAGAAGAGUAGGGGGAAGCCCUCCAGCCACACCGAAGGCACACAGAUGAUUUUCAAUGCAGCCAAAGAACUUGGCCAGCUUUCGAAACUCAAGGACCACAUGGUGCGUGAGGAAGCCAAGAGUUUGACCCCCAAACAGUGCGCAGUUGUGGAGCUAGCCUUGGACACCAUCAAGCAAUACUUCCAUGCCGGAGGGGUUGGGCUCAAGAAAACCUUUCUGGAGAAAAGCCCGGACUUGCAGUCCCUGCGGUACGCCCUUUCGCUCUACACACAGGCCACCGAUCUGCUCAUCAAAACUUUUGUCCAGACGCAAAACGCUCAAGGAUCCGGAGUGGACGACCCGGUUGGCGAAGUCUCCAUCCAUGUGGAGUUGAUCACCCACCCUGGGACAGGAGAGCACAAAGUAACGGUCAAAGUGGUGGCUGCCAAUGACCUGAAAUGGCAAACAUCUGGCAUCUUCCGGCCCUUCGUUGAAGUCAACAUCAUUGGGCCGCACCUGAGUGACAAGAAGAGGAAGUUUGCCACAAAGUCCAAGAAUAACAGCUGGUCCCCAAAAUACAAUGAAAGCAUCACAUUCACCAUGGGGACUGAGACGGGUCCUGAAUGCUAUGAGCUCCAGGUCUGCGUCAAGGAUUAUUGCUUUGCCCGGGAAGACCGGACGGUGGGCAUCGCCAUCCUGCAGCUGAAGGACAUCAUGCAACGCGGGAGCUGCGCCUGCUGGCUACCCAUGGGCCGGCGCAUCCACAUGGACGACACGGGCCUCACGGUGCUGCGCAUCCUUUCCCAGCGGAACAACGACGAGGUGGCCAAAGAAUUUGUCAAGCUGAAGUCGGACACGCGCUCGGCCGAGGAGGGCAGCACCAGCUAAGGCCCUUUCUCUCUGGUCUACCGUCCAGCCCUUCCCUCCCUCCAACGAUCUGCUCAAAGGGCCCGUCCUCGCCCCUUCCCUCUUUUAUACAGCCAUGUUGAAGCCAUAGAGUUCUCCAAACCACCCUUCAUCCUUUCCCCGCCCCUUUAUUUGGGAGUCUUGCUCCCACUGCCAAGGAUUGUUCCCUCCCAGGCCUUUCCAUCAUGCAUUGCCAAAUGUCACACAUGCCUUUUCUCCUCCAAGCCACGAGGAGGAAGACACGAGCAAGGGAAAGGGUGGCCCUUCUAAGAAAUAGGGAGAAAAAUACAACCACAACAGCCACAAGAGAGCUUGGGUGGGUUUUGACAGUUUGGUUUGCUUACUGUAACUGGAAAGCAACCAAUUUGGAGACUUCGAAAAAUAUGAUAACUGCCCAGAGGGGAAGGAGGAAUGCCACUAAAGAUUCUUUCCUGCUACACAAUUAUAGCACUACUACCGUAUAUACUUGGCAUUUCCUGAGUAUCUAUCAUUGGGACCACAGCCCAUUUACGUUCUCCCUUCUCCAACUUCUCGAGUUCUGAAAAGGGCUACUUUCCCCCUUCUCCAGCUCUUGAGAAAAAUCUACUUUCUCCCUUCUCCAGUUCUGAGGAAAAAAUCUACUUUUUCUCUUAACUGGCUCUGAAAAGGCCUACUUUUUUCUCCAGCCUAGUUUCUCCCUUCUCCAGUUCUAAGAUUUACUUCCCCGCCCCCAAUCUCCAACUCUGAAAAUGCCUACUUUCUCCCUUCUCCAGCGCUGAAAAGGCCUACCUCACAACAUUUCCAUGGCGUCAUGGCUCUCUUUGUGGCUCUUUCCUCCCUUCUACUUCACCAAUCCAGUGACAUCACAGAGGGACACUUCACCUAGCCUUUGUGGUACAAAUGAGCAGACAAACAUACAUACAUACGUUGACUUUUAUAUCUAUAGAUAGAUGGUUCCUCUAACUGCCAUGGCUGCUGCCGGCAGGAUGCUGGGAUUUGUAGUUUGGCUCAGAAUUUCCAUGAACUGUAUAACCCAGUAUUCCACAGGACCAAACCAUAGCAGUUAACAGGCAAUCGUAGUGCUGUGGUUCUGUAGUGGAAACGGGAUCAAAGGAAAUACAUAAGAGCUGCAGAAGGUUCCGAACCCCAAGGCAUUGAGCAUCCCAGCUCAUUACCUCCACCUUUCUCCAUAAGAUCUGCUUAUUCUGUCCCAAAAUCUCAGGCAGAAAAGGAGGUUUUCCCCAUCCCUUCCUGCUAUCUUAUUUUAUUUUCAGUGAAGAGCCCAAGGAUCAGAUGUUGGACCUAUGCAAGGCAAGGAUCCCACCAACGAGCUUCCCGCCCACCUCCCCAAAAAUAUCCUGGGAUUGUAUCGGUUAUUGAUGCCACUGCAAGAAAAGUACCUGGACCAGAGGGAGAAAUGACUGUUAAGCUAAUGGACAUUUUAAUAGCAAAGGGAUCCUUUUGCUCCUUUCGAGGAUCGCUCAUGGGAUUUGCUUCUUCCAAACAACAGGAUCCUUCCUCUGGCCGUUUCUGGUUUUUAAACAUAUAUAUAUAUCUAUAUAUUUAUGUCUCUAUAUUUCCAUACAAUUUGCCUGGGACCAAAGUGUCAGACGUUGAGUUGAAUGUUUACACACACAAACGCAAUCAUUGGUUGAAACGUUGUUUUUUUUAAAGAGGAAAUAAAGACAGGGAAGGGAGAAGGAUCUCAACCAUUCCUGAUUGGGAGAUUAUUCUGUCUUAACUGACUUUCCCCUGUAAUACUUUUAUGUUUGGCAUGUGGUCAAAAAAUUACCAAUAUGGGAUGGCAAUCAAAUCAAACCGUUCAAAGGAAGUUGGGGAAGACAAGGCUGAGAUUUUAGACCGAAUGCGUCUUCAUGUCGUCUGUUCUGUACAUAACGUUUCCUUCCCCGAAGUGGACCGAGUGACCGUUUCACCAACAAUGGAUGCAUGACCAGUGAGAUGUUUUGCACUAUUUUGAAAAAAAAAAUGGGGCUCUAUACAAAUAUUUUAUUAAUUGACAUGACCAAAAAUAAAUAAAUAAAAUGUUAAAAAAUAAAAGGAA